UACUCGUUCCUUUUCUUCAGCGCGGGGGAGCACAUUUCGGCACUCGUAUGGCGCAAUGCGUGCAGAUUUGACCUGUGUGACCCACGACCACGUGUGACUCAAAGUAUUAUUGCAGUACCUCGCUGGAUGUGUUGUUGACGUGCUGAAUCGUCUUAAACGAAGGCCCUUGUCUGUUCUCUUGUUUCCGUAAUCUCCGACCACCAGAAUGGGCACCGAGAAUGAACACCAAUUGUGCUAUGGCUGCAAAAAAACGCGUUUCGACUUCUCGCCUUUUCCUGUCUUUGCUAAGCUUCUGAGCGCCCUAAAUUAUGACGCAGCCCCUCGUCUGUUUUGGGGGACCGUUGGUGAUCGGUGGAACGAAAACCGGUGUCUUUUCGUGUGUUUUCAUAAUCUUCGAUCACCCCCACUUCGGAAAUGUAAAUUUCGAGUAUCGGCUUCUUCUGAAGUGCAAUUCCUCACUAAUAAAGAGUUGAAUGCAAGUGACGGCAUGUUUGUUGGCUCCUUAAACUAUGCGACGGUAACGUAAAAGUAACUCGUUAUCUGUGAGUAACGAGAACUCGUUACUUUUAUACGUUGGUAACGAGUUACGUAUUUAGUUAUUUUUUUCUGAAGCAAUGAGUAACGGUAUUUAGUUCCUUUUUUUUGGUAACGGGCACAAGUCUGGACGUAGGGAAUGAAAAUCCCUGUUGAAAAAACCAGUAAGAUUUCAACUGGAAAUGUUACUGGUCAGACCGGAAAUGCCACUGGUCACACUGGAAAUGCCACUGGUCACACUGGAAAAGACUGGAUAUCGGACUGGCAAUACUGGAAACCAGUUGAUACUGGUCACUGGAUACACUGGAUUUUCACUGGAUACACUGGAAACCAGUGUACACUGGUCACUGGCAGUACUGGAUUUUCACUGGAUACACUGGAAACCAGUGUACACUGGUCACUGGCAGUACUGGAUUUUCACUGGAUACACUGGAAACCAGUGUACACUGGUCACUGGCAGUACUGGAGUUUCACUGGAUACUGACUGUACUGGAUUUUAACGGGGUACACUGGAAACCAGUCUACCGCACUGGAGUUUCACUGGGACAAGUGAAACUGGCGCUAGAUAUACUAUAAUCCAGUGUACACUGAUUACAGAUCAUAGUCCCACUGGAGUAGUGUCCUAUAGAGAUCAGAGAUGUGUUAGUUUUACUCAUAACCUUCAAAAAGUAAUUAGUCGCGUCACUUCUUUAUAAUGCAUAACGCUAAAUCGUUACUUUUGUACAGUAUGCAGUUACUGGGUAUUAGUCAUUACAUUGUCUUCAAGUUGUUAACAGAGUUACAUUAGCCGUCAAGAAUAUAAUGGCAUUAUACAUUACACGCUGUACGCACACUUGGGUCUCGAAAACAUAAUGAAUUACGCGCUGCCUCAUUUUUGCAACGCAUUACCGGUAAUGCGCUACUUCAAACAUGAUAUUACAUGGUUAAUCAAUUAUGCGCUAGUUGCAAUCAAUCCAAGUAAGUCGCCCUGAUAUGGAAGCUAUGUGGAUUUCUGAAUCUUUGACGUCGAGACGUCAGCGUUGAUAAACGAAUCCCAGAUGAAUCUGGGAUUCGUCAGUUUAUCAACGCCAGCUCAUUUCUUCGCUCCGAUUUUAUGUCGGCACAGUUCACAUAGAAUGCGGCCCAGGAUGCAUAUUCCCCACGGCGUCAGUCGUGACGUUGCCCACUUCUGUGAAGUCGACAACAGCGAGCUCUUUCACCAUCAUCACCACCGUCGCUCAAUUAAAAAACAAAAAAAAACAAAACGAAAACACUUGCUGGAUUAUCGAAACUCAAGGCAUUCGUGAUAUUUCGUUAUUCAACGGAAUUUGUCGGCUUAAUAACAUAAAAACCAGCAGUGUUGAAAAUUCAAGUCAUUAAAGUCACCAAAUCGUCGCUUGUUUCGGUUUCAAACCGCUGCGUCUAGCAACCAUGAAGAAAGAGCACAAAGCAGCGUUCAGCGGGCUGCUGGCUUCCUCGUGGUUUCUUGUGUUCAACUCAUGUCUAUGUUAUCGUUGAGUUUAAUCGGCAAGAUAUACUGCAUUUCGUGCGUGACGUUUGUUGUUGUGUUCGCUAUUCGUCUGACGACGCAAAAGCUGUUGUGCCAGUGCCGUGACUACAUGCCGUACAACUUGCCGGACCAGCCCGGACUAGGACCAUGCCGAAAUUGGUGUCUCAUGUCAAGCACACACACAAGAAAAGGCGAUGCAGCAUUUGCAGCGCAUCACUUCACGGUAUAUGUGAAAGCAUACUUCGGCAAAUAAGGAAUGCAUCAGAAGGACACCACGGGACGCUUCAGAGUCUGGAUGUACCAUAUCUGAUGAAAAUCUUGCACCACAGAGGCUGCUCGAUGGAUGGAUGGAUGGAUUACAACCCUGAUGAAGCAGGGAAGUUCAAGGGAACAACAGGUGCACGACACUAUCAUUGCUGGACAAAAUUGAGGUUGAACAGAAAGAUGCCGCACAGGGAACGAGCAUGUCACUCAAACUGUUUGACCAGAAAACCUGGAGCAAGAGGAAACUUCCGCACAAGACUACAAAAAAAAGUAGACUUAGAAGUCCAUGUAUACGGGAGAGCACCUUUGGUGGAAGAGGCUUGUCGGCCGACACUGUUAUUUGAUUCACCUUGGGGUUGACAGUUUUGUUCCUGAGAACUUCAUGUGCGUACAGCGGGGCAGAAUCAACAACAAGUUAGUCAACAAUUUGAUGCAGCCUUUCUGGACACAAGAUGGAACGGCGACUAGUUGCUAUUCAGGGCAACCGUAGCAGAGAGCAGGCAUUCAUGCGCUCGUCACAGGCAACACCAGAGAAGUUGGACUCCAUUACAUAAAUGGCAUGCCACAUUGAGGGCCACCAGACUGACCUUGUAAAAGAAGCAAAGCUAGAACUAGUCAGGUGAAUCUUUGGAGAUUUGGUUUUGGAGAUGUUGCCCAGCAAGGCAAAAACAGAAAAGUGACACAAUAAAGAAAAUAAAUCUGGGAAUAGUGAA